AACAAAAAACGAAAGCAGAUAAGGAAACCAGAAAAGAUGAGCUGCUCCUUUGUCCUAAAGGCUUUGCCUUGUCUUCCUCUUUUAAAUUGCAAAGUUGAGAAACUACAUAAGGGAACUUACUCUUCUUUUCUUCAAUUCAAUUUUAAAAUACAGGCAUCAAAAGGCAUCAACUUGAAGGCUAUUGAAAGCUGUUUGGCUUCUUCAAAAUCCCCAUUGGCUAUUCAACUACUUUUGUCCACUGUAUGUAUUGCUGAGCCGGCUUUGGCAGUGACAGGAGUGAAUAAUGAAGAAGACUUGAUUUGGGUGUUGAUCCAAUUGGCCAUUUCUGCAUUCUUCUACUUCCUUGUUUGCCCACCAAUCAUAAUGAGCUGGCUUAGGAAAAGGUGGUACAAGAGGGACCUAUUGGAGAUGUAUUUGCAGUUCAUGUUUGUCUUCAUUUUCUUUCCGGGGAUUCUUCUAUGGGCACCAUUUUUGAACUUCAGAAAAUUCCCAAGAGAUCCAUCAAUGAAGUACCCAUGGUCUACGUCACAAAAUUCAUCUCAGGUUAAGAAUAUGUACAACAAAUAUCCAUGGGCCACUGAAGAAGACUAUGAAGUACUAUGAGUAUACAAGUUCCUUUGUAUGAUGCUGAAUUAUUAUUGUACUGUAAUGCAUUUUACGAUCCAAGCAACAAGUGUAGAAGAAAAUAUAGCUAUAUAAAGUUGUCGUGAUCAAACAAGAAAUGAUUAAAUUAACUAUUACUUACUUUUGUCA